AUGAACAACUCACCCAUUGUGAACGGAUCAUGCAAUCCUCAAGAUCCAAAUCAACAAGCUCUCAAUAUGUUGGAAAACCUCAAACUGCAGGUUCAUUCAAUUCUUGAGCAAAUUGACGCUAUCACGUCGACAGUAACCGAUAAUACGCCAACAGCUCAACAGAAAGUGGAACCACAUAAAGGAUACGAUACUCUCAUAGGGAAAUUGUCAGUGAAAGCGACAGUAGACCAUUAUGACAAAUUGAAAACUGCCCAAAAGAAGUUCUACGAGAAAGACAACUGUUUGUGCACUUUUGAUCAUUUCAAAGAGCGUUUACUUAAAUUAUCUAAAGAGGGCAGAGAGUUUAAGACUUAUUUGGAUGCGAAGUACGAGAGCGGUCAAAAAAUAAAAUUCAUUGGCACGAAAAAGUAUAUUGCUCGUGUUGUAGUAGAUGAUUUGGAAGCUAAGUUAUAG